AUGGCUUCAUCGAUCUCAUUCGGAACUCAAACCUUCCUUUUGUCUUCUAAUAACAACCUCUGUUUGAGAUCCUCCGAGGGUUCUUCAGCUUCCGGUGGAAUUUUUCUCGGAAUCGACGCUCCUCAAGUCAAUACAGGCUUCUUCUCGACAAACUACAAGAUUAAAGAGAAACUAUUGACGAACCUAUUUGAGCUUCAGAAUUUGCAGAAACCGGAUGAAAAAACUCAACUUUGGACUCCUCCUUUCAGCUUUGGUUUGCAUCCAUGUGUCAAACCUACUCCUAAAUACAAAGAAUUUACAGAAUCAGAUCAUUAUAUAACAGUGAGAAGUAAUGGUGGACUAAAUCAAAUGCGCACUGGUAUAGCAGAUAUAGUAGCUGUUGCGCACAUUAUGAAUGCAACUUUAGUCAUUCCUGAGCUGGACAAGCGGUCGUUUUGGCAAGAUUCAAGUGUUUUUUCAGAUAUUUUUGACGAGGAACAUUUCAUCAAAUCCCUGCGAAGAGAUGUGAAGAUUAUUAAAAAGCUGCCAAAGGAAGUGGAAUCUCUGCCUAGAGCAAGGAAGCAUUUCACUUCUUGGUCUUCUGUAGGAUAUUAUGAAGAAAUGACACACUUGUGGAAGGAGUACAAGGUCUUAAAGCAAUUUCUCUUUGAAAAAGGAAUCUGCCUUUUUAUUCAUCUGCUCUAUCUGAGAGGUCUUUUGUGGGUAGACGACAAGAGUGGACAGUGCGUGGUUGUGUGGCAAUUUGAAUGCAACGAGUUUGUAGGGUAUUGCAAGAAAGGAGAUGAUCAUUACCGUGAGAUUCCAACAAAGAUCGGUGCCUAUAUGAUAUGGUACUCAAAGGUUACAGCCUUUACUUCCUUACGAUACCUGACUACACUUCGACACCUGGAUUUGUCUGGAGAAGAUGGUUUCAAGGAUGUGUCCGAGAACCACAAGGUUUCCUAUGUGGACGCCAAUAUCGGUAUCAUUGGGAUGAAUAUGAAAGACUCAGAACAAUUAAGAUCAUCUCAGGUACCAAUAGCAUUGCUGUGA